AUGGCAAACAACAACACUGCUUCAAAUAAUUUUACUACGGAAGACUAUUCAACACCAAGUGCACUAAUAGGGAUAGCUUCCAAAGAUUCCACUUCGACCUCGGAUAAAUCUGUGAUACUGCCGAACAACGACCUAGAACUGAAAACUUAUACUAGUUUUGCUAGUCCAUCUGCACCUGAUAUUGAUGAUCUCCCACCAAACUAUUUUGAUAUAUCAAUUGUGCCUAAUGGAGCUAUUUUAUACCACAAUGAUGUUACUCCAUACACAGAAGCAUCGAAAGCAGAAAUAAAACGUAAUGGAAAAGGUGUUAUUUCAUUCGAUCAACUUGUUGACAAGAAUCCCGAUCAAUUAUGGCUGUACUUCAUGACAUAUCUCAAUGAAAAACCACAAUUAAAAGUCAACAUUCAUGGUUAUUAUACAGAAACUUAUACGGAAACGGAAAGUUAUCAGGACUCUGAUGGUAAUUGGCAAACUCGUAGUGUAAUGAAGUCUCGUGAUGUGACUGAAUUUAAUUUUUCCAUUGAUCUAUCGCCUUACAUUUCUGAACAAUGGAGACGUGUUGCUGUUAUUCCAUCGGCAAAGGCGAUAAGAGCUGGUGAAACCGUUACAUUACGAGAUGCUCUUGAACAAUAUACACUUUCCAACAAGAAAAUCAAAGAAAUAGUAUUGCAAAAGCAAUAUCAUGGCUGGAAUUUAGAAGAAUUGCAGAAAAAACUUAUUGUAUUAGUUCGUUCAACUGGUUAUCAAAAUAGCAUUAAUGUCACUUAUAAUAGAGUCAAUUAUCAGAUUACUGCUCGUUCAUCUUCAAAAUUUAGCCGUUUUGCUAAUUCGACUGUGAUUCGUGUCUUGUGUUGUAUUUCCUGCCUAUGUAUUAUUUUUGGUCCUAUUUAUUAUUGUUUACGUACUAUAGGUUCAACGCGUGAUAAUAUUGUUGCCGAAUAUAUGAUGAUGAAGUCUGAUGAUACUUUUCUUCAACUUAAUGCUCAAAUGAUUGUUAAUGCAGUGAUUCAGCGUUCAUAUAAUUCGUAUAUAGCACAUUUUGCCUAA